UAUUGAGAGGAAAAAAUAAUAAUAAUAGUAAUAAUAAUGCAAAAAAUGAAAAACUUUGGGAGUGUUGGAAACACAAGUAGUGGGAGGCUAUCAACGGAUCAGGAAUAUCAGAUCAAUCAAGAGGAUCAUGAUAAUCAAGAGGUAUCAAGAUUGGCCAUAUCAAGUUUUCAAGCAAGAGAGGAAGAGAUUGAGAGGAUUAAAAUGGAAGUGAAGGAGAAGGUUGAGCUUCAAUUAGGCCGAGCUGAAGAAGAAACUAGGCGUUUAGCUCAAAUUUGGGAAGAACUUGAAGAAAUGGCAGAUCCAUUGAGGAAGGAAGUUGCAAAUGUGAGGAAGAGAGUCGACAUGGCGAAUCGAGAGCUAAAGCCGCUGGGACAAAGCUGCAUGAAGAAGGAAAAAGAAUACAAAGAGGCACUGGAAUUGUUCAAUGAAAAGAGCAAAGAGAAAGCUCAACUUGUCACCACAUUAAUGGAGCUGAUGACUGAGAGUGAAAGAAUGAGGAUGCAAAAGCUAGAGGGGCUAAGCAAGCACAUAGAAAAACCGCACUGAGAUAAAUACAUGUGCUAAUUUUACUUAUUUGAUUUGUGUGUUUAUUUAGGAAUAUUUUAAUUAUGCCGUUUUCAAAUAACAAUUUGGAUGUAUGGAGAAGAUUUUCUUGCUCUUUAAAUAUUGGACAUACUUUAC